AUUUCCCAGGCAAGUAUCGAGUUAUGUACUAGUUAACGCUAAUAAUAAUGAGAAGACUGUAGAAGAUAUUUACACCGAAAAAGACGAAAGAAACAAAAAAAAUUAGUAAAUUAUAGGGUACUUUCAUUAUCAGACAUCAAUUUCACUCUUAAUUCAUACAAAAAUACAAUCUCAUUAUGACCUUACCUGCUUCCUGUAAGCACGAUUCAUAUAUAUCAUGWUUUAUACUCGUUAUAAGUUUUAAUACAAARCAAACCACUUCUUUGCGUGCUUGAAGGCUAGAGAGUUUGUCUUGUUUUCGUCCUCAUCAAAUCAGAGAGACCUUUCAUUUCCUUCCAGUAAUAAGCCUCCUGUUGUUAUUUCUGAUGUAUAUUUCAGGAUAUAGCAUUGACGGCAGGUAGAAAUUCAUUAUACUGCAUUCGAUCAGUUUCCAAAUUARAUCAAAUUUAUUAGUAGAAAAAAAUGGUGCGGGAACAAGAAAGCUCAGCCGAGAUGGACUCAUGUGACUAAAKUUUCUAUGAUAAAUAACAAUUUAAAACCACUUAAUCCAGUCAYCUUGAUUUAUAUGAAUUAAUGACCUUAUCCCAUUUAUGGAACCGAGAGCUACUGGGACAGACUUAAAUCAUUGGGAAUAAUCGACCAAUUACUAUAUCUGCGAACACAUUUGUGAAUAUCUAGUUAAACUAACCAAACCAUGAAAGAUAGAUAAAAAUAAACUUAGACAUCGGUUAAAUACAGCAGUUUGACCUUUUAUUUCUAUUUGACAGAGAUCGCGGCCAUGAUUGGCUUAGACGCGUCGAUUCGCUUUACCUUCCCUUGUUUCUAGGAUUGGAACAAAAAUUCUUGUGGAAAGUGUCUUGCGGAGUGGAUUUUCCCUAUCGCAAUUAGGAUGCUGAUUCGAAAGCAUUCUGUUUUUUUUUCAGUCUCGGAUUUGAWUGAAUUUACACCUUAUUUUCAACGWWUGUUUGAAGACUUUGAACAUUGUARAUAUGGUAUUWCUUUUUUUGCCGAAUAACUCACUUUCCUAAAUGAAGCUUCAUAGAAGUAGGUUUUCAUAAAAACUGUAGACAUCAGAUGUGUUUAUUUACUUUACGGUUAAUAUUAUAUAAAAAUUUACCGUCAUUUAAUUAGUCGUUUUGAAAAAAUAUUGUUUGAAAAAGAGCAGGUCACACUGACCGGUACCCGUCAUUAGGAACCGAGCCUUCACGAAGCGACAUUCAAUAACAGAGCAAACCAUCUUCAUCGACGAGCUUCGCGACUCGUGUGAUUAUCAAGAUAUUAAUAGCUUAACAAUGCGAUGCAAAACCGCCUCGACUACUCAAGAAAAUAUCGCCCUGGAAGUUAUAACUUAAAGAAAAAAAUCUUCAAAUUMGCCUGCUCGUUUUCUUUUUUCUUGACAUUUGUUUAUACGUUGUUGUCAUGGCAACCAUGGUGGUUAUGGUCGGGAGAAAACCCUUUAACUUUAUCCGACGGUAGUMAACUCAAUCCAAGACAAGCCUUCGAGCAUCAUUGGUGUCGAUUACAAAAAUGGMGGGUGGACUGGGAAGGAAUUAUCUCGCCCUGUGCUGGGAAUACGGACUGGGGCCGAGUGAAGUCCCAGUCUCCCACAGAUGCAAUGACCAGUUAUAUCUAUUUAUGGGACAUUAAUCCUGCUGGACAAUUUAGUCGAUUUUUUAUCCAAUCACAAACCAAGGAUGGUAAAAGUAAGGUGAUUGGUGGAGACGCUUGGCGAGUUCACAUUAGUGGCCCAGCAUACAUUGCGCCUCUUGUUAUUGACCACAGCAAUGGGUCAUAUGAAGUCUUGUUCCUCGCAAUGGAAGCUGGGAAAUACCAGAUUGAAAUUAUUUUGGAUUACUCAUUAUGUGACGGUAUUCGAGAUCCUCCUUCUGAUUGGUUCAUUAAAGGCAAUGGACAAGGCAAGAAUCAGCGAUACCCCGAGGUAGAGAAAUCCAGGGACUACAUUCUUGCCAAGCUGUGGGGUAACUCAGUCCCAGUCGAUAUUACAAUCCCACCGCCUGAUAAAGGUUUCCCUCUWAAAGACCUGAAUGCUCUAAUCAACCAAACUGAUUGUCAAGUUAGCUGUAAACUAUUAUGGGAUGGCUACGGUAGAUGGAUCAGCAAUUUUUGGGUUUCCUUUGUACCGUAUGCUCCUAUUUAUCACUCGCCACACACGAAGAAAGGAACUCUUCAUUUUUAUGGAGAUUCRGUGAUGGAUUUCUUUGCAAUGUCGUUGACUCAUAGACGCCUUUGUARGGUGUUUUUUCAACGCUGUGUUGCCACGUAUAACUGGGUUUACCCGGUUGUGAACUACACGUUUGCAAAGACACAUACCGACGACUUGGACUUCAAUAAGGAACGAUUGUUAGAAUCUGUACGUGGUGUUCUUACAGGUAAUCUAAUGGAUGCUGAUAGUUUAUUCAUCAUGAACUUUGGACUACAUUACGUAGAGAGUAUUAAYUUUACAAGUUAUCGAAGUCUUAUUGAUGGAAUAAUCCAAGUAGUUCAAGAAAGAUACUGGGACCCUUCUAGUAACAGCAUGAGGCCUGUCUAUGAAGGUCAAAGCAUUUGGAAAACAACUACAGCAAUUAAUAAGCAAAGAGCGACAAACAUUAACCUGGGCCACAGGCGAUUUCUUACCUACCAGAGAGUACUCCUCUAUAAUGCAUACGCUACAUGGGCGAUGUGUCGUGCAGGUAUUCCAGUACUCGAUGUUUACCCAAUGUCGGACUCAUAUCCCUGGGGGACUGGGACCCAUGCGAGUCGAAUCCCUGCACCUAAUGACGUAGUUCAUUAUAACAACCUGGCCUUCAAAGACGCAGAAGAUUUGUUAGAAAUGAUGUAUAGAACGUGAUGACUACAGCAAACAUUGGAUAUAAAUAGACAAAAAAAUAACUAUAUUAUAUAGAUACAUAUUGAUAACUUCACUAUCUUAGCUAUWUAUCGUUUAUUAUUCAUGCGAACAAUUAAAAUUUUAAUAAAAAGGKUCUUUUCCUUGAGGGGCCGCCAGUGUCGGCAUUUUUGACAUGAAUGAAAUGUUGUCGAUUGAUUGAUAAUUUGUACGAUUUACUGAAAAAUCAAAUUUGAAACAAAACUCUUAACAAUCGUAUUCCGCUGCUGAGAGAAAACACUUUGAAUCUGCAAAAUAAUAUUAAAGCUGUCUCUAGGGUUUGCUUAGAGGCCGUUCACUCGCUGUAGUAAAUCUGAACCAGUUGUUAAUAAAACAAAAAGAUUCUUA